UAAUUCAGCUCGAAGACUGUAAUCGUGUGAUAUUUUAUCUCACACAUACAUUCAUUAAAAAUUCCCCAAACAAUGGCGAUUAUUAUUGAACAUUUCUGAAUGUACAGUACGGAAGUAAAUAAGGCGGGGCUUUGUUUGUGAAUUAACCGUCAUUCUGUUAUUGUAGCGAGUAAGAGAAGUUACUACAUAAUCUAUCUCAGAAAUGAAGGACCGCCUAGCCGAUUUGACAGUCAACUGCAGUGACAUCAAAACUCCUGUGGAGUCAAAUGCUUUCCUAGAGGAAUUCCUCCCUAAGGUAGAUGAGGUUCAGAAACUUAUUGAAAGGAUUUCCUAUUGUGUGGAAGAGGUGAAGCUGAGACAUUGUACCAUUUUGACAGAGGUCAAACCACAGAAACAUGUGAAAGAGGAACUUGAGCAUUUUAACAGUGAUAUCAAGAGGACAGCGGAUGUAAUCCGGAUUAAACUGAAAGAUUUGGAAGGAGGUUUUACACAGAAUGAAAAUGAAAACAGUAGCUCUGUGUACUGCCGUAUCCAGAGUACUCAGCACACAGUGCUUUCACUGAGGUUUGGAGAAAUAAUGAAUGUGUAUAACCAAGAACUGACAUCUUUCCGAAAAAGAAGCAAAGAACAGAUCCAAAGACAGUUGGAGAUCAGUGGCAGAGUUGUCAGCGAAGAGGAGACUGAGGUUUUGCUACAGAGCAACAACCCUUCUCUCUUUACCUCAGAUAUGCUUUCUGGCUCACACAUCACGGGGCAAGCACUGAAUGAGAUCGAGUCGCGACUUAAGGAUAUUCUCGGCCUGGAGGCCAGCAUUCGAGAACUGCAAAACAUGUUUAUGGAUAUUGCAGUGUUAGUGAACAGUCAGGGUGAAAUGGCAAACAACAUUGCAAAGACUGUGAUGAAAGCUGAAAACUAUGUAGAUCAAGGUAAAGGAAACACUGCAAAAGCUGUGAAUUACAAGAAGUCUUGGCGGAUAAGACUUCCUCCUUUACGCAGUUCAUUCAAGAGCAAAGCUAAACCAGUGACCAGUGACGUCUCUUGAGAACUUAACCUAGUGUCAUGUUGAGUGUUCAAACUAUGGAACCUGUCUUGUUUGAAUUUGAUAAUGUGUCCUGUGCAAAUAACUUGUGGAAUUCAUUCAAUGAUUUAUUCUGUAAUCUCUAAAAAGCAGCAGUUCCUUGCCUUUAAUAGCAGAAUUCCCACCUUUCACAGUUUUUGUUCUAUGUCUGGUAAUUUUGUUCAUCAGAUCAUUUUCUAUUUCCAAACAACAAUUCUUGGUGUUUUCCACCAACAUACUGUAGGUACUCAUUAACCUUGCACUCAAAUAGUACUAGUAGACUAUCUGACGCAAUAUUUUAACAAACCAAUAUGUGACUUGAGUCUCAAAGUAAAAGCCCAUUUGGAGUCUACUUCAUUUCACCUUUGUUUUUUUGUGUGUUGUUUUGUUACGACUUCUUGUUUUUGUGUGUGUGUGUGUGUGUGUGUGUGUGUGUGUGUGUGUGUGAUUCUGAUAUGUUUCUGACAAUUGGUGUUAUGUUACUCAUACUCAUUGUUUGACCUAAUGACUCUUGAUUUAAAUAAACACUGAUCUAAGAGUA